ACUUAUGGAUUUGAGAUGUCUGGUCCCCGAGAGAGAACCAUUUGGGCAGGUGACACUGCUGUUUCUGCAGCACGUUUCUUGCAACAAAUCAAAAGCGAAUGCCAUUUCUUCAAUGGGACCGAGCGGGUAAGGUACUUGCAGCAACAUGUCUACAACCAGGAGGAACACUUGCGAUUUGACAGCAGUGUGGGCAAGUACCAAGCAGUGACGGAGCUGGGAAAGAUUCAAGCCAAGUACUGGAACAGCCAGAAAGGCUUCCUGGAGCAGAAGCGGGCCAAGGUGGACACAUUCUGCAGAUUCAACUAUGCCAUUGUGGGGCUAUUAACUGUGCUGCAGAGAGCUGAGCCCCAGGUGAGUGUGUACCCGACAAAGACUCGGCCCCUGGAGCACCACAACCUCCUGGUCUGCUCUGUGAGUGGCUUCUACCCAGGGAACAUUGCAGUCAGAUGGUUCCGGAAUGACCAGGAGGAGAAGGCUGGGGUCGUGUCCACGGGCCUGAUCCGGAAUGGAGACUGGACCUUCCAGACCCUGGUGAUGUUGGAGAUGGUUCCUCAGAGUGGAGAGGUGUACACCUGCCAGGUGGAGCAUCCCAGCCUGACCAACCCUGUCACAGUGGAGUGGAGGGCCCAGUCCACAUCUGCACAGAACAAGAUGCUGAGUGGAAUCGGGGGCUUCGUGCUGGGUCUCAUCUUCCUCGGGCUGGGGCUGUUCAUCUACUUCAGGAACCAGAAAGGUAAGGAGCCUGGUGGUGGCCAAGACCCCAUUGCAUUUGAGGCAAGACCCAUGCUUUGUUCUUGGAUGUCACUGGGUGUGUGACCUCAGAUUUCAGUG